UUGUAAAUUAUGGAUUAAAUUAAAAAAAUUAACAGUGUCAAUUUGUAUAAAAUAAAAAUUAUGUUUCGCUGUAUUUUCGUUAGAACUGUUGAAUGAUACUGAACCACAAUGGACACGUUCAACAUUACGGAAGAUGAUUUCGAAAGCACCACUCUCAAUGCGGGAAAAACGAUGAUGAAAGUUGCCUUCUCCUGGUACGAUUACACCUUCUUCAGCAUGAUGCUCAUCUUGAGCGCUCUAAUUGGAGUGUACUUCGGGUUCUUCGGGAAGAAGAAACAGUCCAACGUCGCAGAGUAUCUGAUGGGAGGUAAACAGAUGAAACCUCUUCCCAUAGCCAUGUCUUUAGUCGCCAGUCACGUUUCUGGUAUUGCCCUUCUGGGUGUCCCUUCAGACGUCUACAGAUUCGGAUCCAACUAUUGGAUGAGCUGUUUCGCAAUUAUACCGCCUUCCAUCAUUACCUGUUUAGUUUAUUUACCUGUGUUUUACAACCUGCAACUUACCAGCACUUACGAAUACCUCAAGUUAAGGUUCGAUACAAAAAUCCGAGUGUUGGCUUCAUUUCUAUACGCUUUGGGUAGCUUGACUUUCCUCCCAAUUGUAAUUUAUGUUCCUGCUAUGGCUUUGGCUCAAGCCACCGAAAUCAACAUCCACUUGAUCACUCCCUUAAUCUGUGGAGUCUGCAUUUUUUACACGACAAUCGGAGGAUUGAAAGCCGUCGUUUGGACCGAUAUGCUUCAAAUCAGCAUUACCAUCGGAGCUAUGAUCGCCGUCUUAUACCUGGGUACAGUAGAAUCCGGAGGAAUCUCCUCCGUCUUCCAAAAGGCUGCAAGCGGUGGACGCUUGGACAUAGAUUUCGAUUUGGAUCCGACGAAGAGGGACACCUUCUGGGGCAUGAUAAUUGGAUGGUCUUUCUCAAACUUAGCUUACUCAGGCAUAGGCCAAAGUUGUGUCCAAAAAUUCCUUUCAGUACCAACAUUCACCGAUGCCAAAAAAACUAUUAUCUAUUACGUCAUGGGGAUGAUCGUGAUCAAAACGGCUACACUUCUCACCGGAUUAAUAAUGUACGCCAAAUACUACGAUUGCGAUCCGAUCACCGCCGGAAGCGUCGCCAAACCCGACCAACUUUUACCCUAUUACGUAAUGGAUGUAGCAGCGAAAAUCCCCGGAUUGCCUGGACUCUUCAUAGCAGGAAUAUUGUGCGCUGCGUUGAGUACUUUAUCCGCAAUGAUGAACUGCAUUGCUGGAAUAAUCUACGAGGAUUUCAUAGCUAGAUAUAUGCCAAAAGAUAUUACCCAGAAAAAAGUGAGCAACAUCUUGAAGCUGAACGUUGUUAUUAUUGGAGUAGUAGCGACUAGUUUGGUGUUUGUUGUUGAACGCAUGGGGUCUUUGAUACCUGUAGCUAUAAGUAUCGGCAGUGUAUCCACUGGUCCACUUCUGGGAAUGUUCACUUUAGGUAUACUCUUUCCGAAGGCCAAUUCCAAAGGGGCUUUAGCUGGAGCCAUCGCUUCUUUGGCUUUCUCCAUCUGGAUCAUUCUUGAGUCUUACUUGUACCGCGCUUGGGGUAUAGUUAAAUACAUUCCGAAACCGGCUUCCAUCGACGGUUGCGACUUUGAAGUACCCAAUUUCACGCCGAUAAAUGCAACUUUAAUCGAGCAACAAUCUCAAGAAGUUUUCUUCAUGUUCAGGAUAAGCUACUACUAUUACACCCUUAUGUCGACUUGCGUAGCCCUCAUCGUGGGAUACGCAGUGAGUCUGCUCACAAGAACUGGUGAUGAAGAACCUGUGGACAAGAGGUUGCUGUCUCCAGUUAUACACAGGUUCCUCGAUAAGAACGAGGAUGAGGAAAAGGGCAAAUACUACUCCGUCGACAAGGCCCUACACAUCCUCGCAUUCUCCAACAAGAACGGCCUCAAAUCUUAA